GCCACCAGGCCGACCGGGCCGCGUCGGCGCCGUGGCUGCCGCUCGCCCUCCUCCUGCUGGUCGCCACUCAAGAUGCGCUUGCCAACCGGCCGCCGCUGUUCCUGGCCGACAUGCAGGGCCUGGUGCUCUUCGAGGACGCCCCCGUCGGCGACGUGGUCUACACCCUCAAGGGCGAGGACCCCGAGGGCUCGCCGCUCCGCUACGGCAUCGUGGGCACGGACCGCUUCGAGGUGGACCGCACCACCGGACAAGUCCGGGUAGUCCGCCCGCUGGACAGAGAGAUUAACGACACUCUUAGGUUUUAUGUCACUCUGGAGGAUGAGCUCGGCGAUGACAAUGUCAUUCACAGUGGGAAAAACAAUCUGGUCCAGGUUGAAGUCUCCGUCAUCAUCGCUGAUGUGAAUGAUAAUCCGCCUGUUUUUCUUGGGACUCCUUAUGAAGUUUUAGUACCUGAAGAUGCAAAACCCCAAACUGUUGUGUUCCGAGGAAUACAAUUGCAAGAUCCAGACCUUACAGGCGAAACCCUGGAAGUGGCUUGCGUCGAAGAUCCCCAGUUUCAAGGAGCAUGUGAGAAGUUUUCGGUUUCAGUUGUGUCAGCCAAUGCCAGCCAUUUCUCUGGCGACAUUGUUUUGGAGAAGCCAUUGGACUACAAUGAACGUCAGUUUUACCAAUUUGUUCUGGUGGCAACGGAUGGGACAUUCAAUUCAACUACAAGUGUUGAGGUAAAAGUUGAAGAUGUGCAGAAUUCUCCUCCUGUUUUCCAAGGAUCAUUAACUGGAGUUCUGGAAGAAAAUGAUCCAAUCGGUACCCUUGUUCUCAAAGCUCAAGCCAGAGAUGGAGACCGCGGUCAACCAAGGCCGAUUUACUAUGAGCUUGUUAAUAAUCCCCUGGAGUACUUUUUGCUGGAUUCUCACACUGGAGAGUUGAGAACUGCUCGUCCUCUAGAUAGAGAGGCUUUAGAAGACACCACAGGUGUUUUGAAAGUAAAAAUUAGGGCGAGAGAGCUAGUUGAUGGUUAUCCUAGUGAAGAUCCUUACACCAGUGCUACAGCUGAAGCUACUGUCACAAUCCGUGAUGUUAAUGAUGAGCCACCUACAUUUGACCGGAAAGAGUAUAGUGUUUCGAUUCCGGAAAAUGCAGCCAAUGGAACACCUUUGCCGCACUUGGAUAUGACUGUGACUGACUCAGAUGUUGGCACAAACUCUGAAUUUUCAUUGCACUUACAAGAUGUUUCUGGUGCUUUUGCUGUUGAACCAAGCAAAGCAAUAGGUUCAACAUCAGUCAACAUAAGAGUUGCCAAUGGUUCUAUGGAUUAUGAAAACCCCAACAACCGUAAAUUUAUUAUUUUGGUGGUUGCUGAGGAGUUACACACAGAACCUAGACUAUCAUCUACUGCAACUGUUACUGUGACUGUAACUGAUGAGAAUGACAAUGCACCAGUUUUUGAUUUGGAAGCAUAUUCUGCCAGUGUGCAUGAGAGUGCUUCCCCAGGAACUGUAAUAACCACCAUCACUGCUCAUGAUCGAGACCAUGGUCGCUAUGGUGAAGAUGGUUUUGUCUAUCAGUUGAUUGGUGAUGGUGCCGAAAAAUUUGUUGUAAACAGAAAAACUGGGGUGAUUUUGGUUGCACCUUGCGAAAACCCUGGCUCAGGAUCUUGCUUGGACUUCGAAACGAAACCUGUCUACUACUUGAAUUACAAGGUUACUGAUGAUGAGGGAUCACAGGGAGGCUUGUCUGCUGUGGUUCCCUUGAAAAUCUCUCUCCUUGAUUCGAAUGACAACACUCCAAUUUUCACCAGUCAGAAUUACAGUGCUGUAAUUGAUGAGGGAGCGUCUGGCUUUGAACCUCCUCUUGUUGUUGAGGCACGAGAUGCUGAUAAAACAUCCGAGGUUACCUACUCAAUCAAACAAGGCAAUAUUCAGAAUCUUUUCUCCAUUGAUUCUCUCACUGGGGAAGUGAAAGUCUCAAAUCCUACUGGUCUAGAUAUGACAAAUAUUCCUACUGAUACAAUUGACUUAACUGUCCAGGCCUCUGAUGGAAAAUUCAGUUCACAAUGUAUCGUCCAUAUUAAUGUUUUGGAUGUGAACAAUAACCAUCCCGAGUUUGAACAAGAGACAUACCUCGCAUCACUACCAGAAGAUAUUGAUAUUGGCACAAUGGUGGACACUGUAACAGCCACAGAUGCAGAUGCGGGAGUCAAUGCCCAAAUAAAAUACAAAAUUCAAAAGGGUGCAUUUGAUGAUUUUUCCAUUGAUUCAGACUCCGGGGUUGUGAAAGUAGCAAACCACUUAGACUUUGAUCGCCGACGCUUGUAUAACAUUGAGAUCAUAGCUGUUGAUGGAGGUAUUCCGAUGCUUAGUGGUACAACCACAUUAAUGGUCAAUAUCCUCAACACAAAUGACAAAGCCCCUUUCUUUGUGCCAGCCACUCAAAAUGCUGCUGUGACUGAAGAUACUCAGCCUGGCACAUUAUUCUACACUCUUAACGCCACUGACCUGGAUGUGAAUACACCUGAGGCUUUGAACUUUGCUGCAUCAGAACCAAUCACAGCUGUUGACAAGCAUGGGAAACCAGUGAAUGAUACUGAGGAUUUCAAGGAAUUUUUCAGUAUUGACAGCUCUACUGGUGAAGUUUUCGUUGCAAAGCCUCUACAGCGUGAUAUAGCAGCAGUUGUUAGAAUCACAGUUUUGGUCACAGAUAUUACUGCCCCAACUAUGCAGCAAGGGAAAGGCACAUUGGUGGUAAAUAUCAUUGAUGUGAAUGAUUUCCCUCCAAUGUUUUCCAAGCCUUGGACGAGAGAGGAUCCUCACUACAAAGUUGAGCUCAUUGAAGAGCAGCCCAUUGGGACAACAGUGGGAACCUUUACAGCCACAGAUGCUGAUUCCAACAUACAAGGAUAUGCCAUUGUUCCUCCAUCUGCUUAUUUUGAAAUAAAUAAUGUCACAGGUGUUGUCCGCACCACCAGGCGUAUAGACUAUGAGGAAAAUAACAGGCUAAACUUCACAGUUGUGGCUUAUGAUUCAGGUGCACCCCCACUCUCAUCAACAGCUGAUGUAACAGUUAAUGUUGUCAAUAUCAAUGAUAUGGAUCCUGUAUUUGCUCAGCCAAAGUAUGAAGCUGCAGUCAAGGAAAAUGCCCCUGCAGGCACUGUAGUUGUUAAAGUGAAAGCGACAGAUAAGGACGAUGGCUUGUUUGGUGUUGUCACUUACCAACUCAUAGGAGAACACAGCAAUGACUUUUUAAUUGACCGAGAUAGUGGAGAGAUCACUGUUGCUCAUCCCCGAGUGUUGGACCGAGAGACAACUCCUGAAAUAACAAUUCAAGUAAUGGCUAGUGAUGGUGCUCCUCCUGAUACUAGGCGUACAGCAGCAGUUCCGGUGGUCAUUCGUAUUUUAGACAUCAAUGAUAACCCCCCUGUCCUAACCCAGCACAGUUAUAGAGCAACUGUUGAAGAGACGGUGUCUCUCAAUGCACCUUUAGUCCAGCUCCGGGCUGAAGAUCCCGAUCAAGGAGAAAAUGCUCAUGUGCGGUAUUCAAUUGUGUCUGGUAACAGUGGAGGUGCAUUUGCUGUAGAUCCAGAGACAGGGGUUUUAUAUGCAUCCUCUUCUCUGGUGGGUGCUGAGCGCCACUUCCACCUCUUAGUAGAAGCAAGUGAUGGACAUUUCAUGGACCGCGCAGAUGUAAAUAUUACAGUUCUUGAUGUGAACCACAAUAAGCCAGUAUUCUUCCAGCCAGGAUCCACCAAUGCCUCCAUUGGUAUUCCAGAGAGCAAUGCAGAAGUGGGUUACUCAGUGAUGUUCGUGAAGGCCAAUGAUGGUGACAGUGGUGAAAAUGGUCAUGUCACUUAUCACUUCAAGGUUGAUAAUAAAAAUGUUCAAGAAACAGAUGAGUUUUAUAUCAAUGAAGAAUCUGGAGAAAUCGUCACCAAAGUGCUCCUGGAUAGAGAAGUGAAAGAUAAAUAUGAGUUGGUCCUAGUUGCUCGUGACCACGGAUCCCCCACUAGCUAUGAAACCCUGAGAGUACUCACCAUUAAUAUCAUCGAUGCUAAUGACAACUAUCCUGAGUUCCCCCGCACUUCAUCAACAAACCCAUAUCAUUUCAGUGCUCCUGAAAAUGCACCAAGUACUGUGAAAAUAGGUAAAGUGGAAGCACAUGAUCCGGAUGAAGGGCUUUAUGCUAGAAUAUAUUAUUAUAUCAUUCGGUCUAGUGGCCCUGGCCUUUUUACAAUUGAACGAACUGAUGGAACCAUUUACACAAAUGCCACCCUUGACCGUGAAAAGGAGGACUCCUUUGAGCUGUAUGUCAAAGCUAGUAAUGAUCCUGAUUUUUACAUGUCAAAGGAGGAAAUGAGUGGUUUGAGUGAUGAUGAACUCCAGCAAGACCCCACAAUUGCCCAUGUUGUGAUUGCAGUACUGGAUGAGAAUGAUAAUGCACCUCAAUUUGAACACGCAAACUAUUUUGCAGGUGUCAAUGCCAUGGCUAAUGUUGAUGAGCUUGUGAUUCAACUCACAGCAAAGGACCCUGAUUUGGGAGCGAAUGGUUCCAUCAUCUAUUAUAUUGCAGCAUCCAAUCUUUACAAGUAUGGGUCCAACAGAUCAUCUGGAUCAAUAGUCCCGAGUCCAUUUAACAUCACACAAAGUGGUCAGCUUCGCACGUCCAAUUACAUGGCCGAAUACAAUCAAGAUCGAUUCAUUGUUGAUGUGGUUGCUAGAGAGCAAGCCACACCUGAGAGGGAGACAAGAACCAAGGUUCAUGUGUGGCUGUAUGAACCUUCACAACUUGUUCGAGUAAUUUUGUCACGACCUCCCAGUGAAGUCAAUGCCCAGCAGGCUGAAAUUGUGGCUGAAUUGUCAAAUGCCACCCAACGACUGGUUGUUGUGGAUGGCAUUGGUCCACAUGUUAAUAGCCAGGGGCGCCCUCGACCAGAUUGGAGUGACAUGUACCUUCAUGUUGUCGACACUCCAUCCAACACAAUUUCGGCCAUUCCAGAAGUACUGAAAGUUAUUGAUGCAAAGUAUGACUUUUUGAAGGACUACUAUGCUGGUUUUGCUAUUGAAAAUGUUGUGCCUGCUUAUGUGACGCCAAAGGAAGAAUCCAUCGACUCAGCUCUUGCUGCUCUCAUUGCUCUGCUCAUAGUUCUCUUCGUCGGAUGUGUCACAGUCGUUGUUGUUUGUUGCUGCUUCAGACACUGGAUUGUGUCACAACCAUCAGACAUGAAGAAAAAGGAUGCUCUCAUUAAAAAAGCCAUUAUUGAUGACUUAAACACCACAGAGAACCCCCUAUGGAUUGAGCAGAAAUUGAAAUUGUAUGAAGAGCAAGAAUUAACCAUGCAAGUUUUUUGUGAACCCGAUCAUAGUGUAGAUAUUGAAUGCAGAGACAGUGCUGACUUUUCACAUGUUGACAACACCUAUGCAACAAUUCAGCACCCAAACAGAAGAGGCUCUCAAGAUGUUGCAGAUGAUGGAGGCAAUUAUGCAACAUUGAGAGGAACUGAUAAUCAUGGAAAUCAUAGAGACAUGUAUGAAGCUGCUCUAGGUUUCCAAGGCUCAACAUUCCAGGUGCCUGAUCAACUUCCUGCUCUUCCUCCACCUCUACCUGGCUCAGCAGGGGGGAGUGUAAGAGCACACCACCACGGACAACCACAUUUUGUAGCAGAGCUAAUAUGAGCAGAAACGUAUUACUUAAUAAUUUCUUCGAUUGAUUCUGCGACUGAUUCAUUUAGAAUCUUUCUCUCUUUUUGGAUUUAACGUCUUUUUUCCGUCCAACGAUUCUGUCCUAUAGGAUUGCUGUCCAGUCGGAUCUGCUUCUUUAUGUGCCAAUUUGUGCUGUGUCAUAAAGAUGAAUUGUUGUGUCAAAACGUGGUUGUGUUCAGUGUUGUGUGUUUUUUACGAUUGUUACAUAAAUUAGUUGUUGGAGUAGAUAGUUUUUGAGUCAUACUGAAGCUUUACCUAAUGAACUCUUUGUUUGGAAACCAGAGGAAGAUGUGAUGCAUGUGAUACAUUUUCAAUAUCUUGUUUCAUGUUGACAUGUGUAUUACUGUAAUAUGCAAUUUUGAUUUUAACUUUGUGUUGUAUAAAGUUGUGUACAUAAAUGAAAGAAGUACAAUGGUACUUUAUGAACAAGCAUCACCCAUGCAAAUGCUGUGCAUUUGACUAUUUUCUAUUUUAAUGUGUAGCCUGAAUAGUUAAAAAAUACUUAUUAUGAUCAGUAUUCAUCAGUUAUUUUAUGUGAUGCUACCUGUACCCAGUUUUUGGUCUGUUUUGUUGUUGAAUGUUGUAAUGUUUUUCUUUUUAAUUUAUUUUAAUUAAUAUGAGGAUGCCUCUGUUUCCCCUGUUCAUUGUUAAUGCCCAUAAAUUUUUUUGGAGAAAAGACUGACAAGAGUGGGUGCCAGAUGGAUAGAGGAAUGUAAGUAAUAAGUUAUCCCAGAAUUAAUGUCAAUGGAGAUUUAUGUAAAAUAGAAAGUCAAGCAUGAAAGAAUGAAUAAUUAUGUGCUGUAGAUAUGAUAAAAUGCAUUGUGACCAUGAAUCUCUUGCUGAGGAGAUAGUGUUUUCCAAUUACUGCUCAGUAAUUAUUAUUAGUUUUAGAUAGAUGUUCUAUUUUUGUAGAUAUGGUAAAUAACUAAGAUAUUUGACCAGUUAUCCAUUACUCCAACAGUCAAAGAAGUGAUGGGUCCAUGGACGUGACAUUCCAGUUUGCUGCUAUUGUAAUGAAACUUUAAAAUGUCAUUUUUGAAACUUAUUUUUAUGUGUCGAGCAAAACUUUUUAAAUUUGCCAUAUUAUGCACUUUACAAAUGGUGCAGGUUUGCUAUUUUCAUACUAGGAACAAACUGUAAUUAACUAAAUUGGAUGAAUAUAUUGUACAGUUAGUAUUUUGAUUUUAGUUGGUGUUACCUAACAACCUACAAGUCUCUCUGAGGCAUGAUGUAAAAAACAGAAAAAUUGUGAUACCUUUCAAAUUGUCAUGCAGACAACCAAGAAGAUAUAGUAUAUUGUUUCAAUGUGCCGCUCAGAAAUGAGGGCCUUCAUUUUUUUUUUGAGUGAGUACUUCAAAUGUCUGUCAUUUGUUACAGUGUUUACAUUUGUUACAAAAAUAGAUAUUUGUACACUAUG